AUUGCCAUGAUGCUGAAAAUCAUAAUUAAUAGAAUCGUAAGGAAACAUGGUGGUGCAGGUAUAAAAUUAAGUUUGUUAAAAUUAUACGGGUUACAAAUAUAUAAUAAUGAAGCAAUUGUCUACGAGUUAUCGGUACCUUUUCAAGGGUUAUAUAUUUUUCGUGAGGUUCUACGAUCAAAAUUGCCAACUAAUAAGGUUGAAGUAGCGUUAAUAUCACGCACCAUACCAACGUUACUCAAGUUCAGGGAGUUGCUUGAACAGAGUCUAAAAGGUCUGAAAGAUUAUAUUGUAGACGCGCACAUUUCGUCAAUAGAACAAAAUCUAUAA